AGUCAAAUGUAAAAUUUUACAUAACCUGAAAAUAAAUACGUAAAAAACAUUUUUUGUUGUUGUAUGUGAUGUUAUUAUUAACAUAAUAACAAAGUGUACGCAUAUCGUAUACUAUUACUUUCACAAAAUCAAUAUGAGCUUAACUCUUAUUAACGCUAUAAAGAAAUUACAUAUUUCAGCCGUAUCACAAAUACGGUUGUGUUCUUCUGUAUCAAAUACAGUUUCUAAUAUAAACAAUAAUAACAAUAGUUCCUUAAGCGUAAUACGUAAGGAAUGGAAGUUUCCACCUCAAUACACAAAACCACGUGAAGUAUGGAUCGAAAAUUUAGAUACGAUUAACGAGAAAAAACUAGGAUUAUUUGAAUUACAUCCUUUAGUGUACGCUGUUUUACCACGGAUAGAUAUCAUUCAUAGGAAUGUGAUAUGGCAAAGGAAAUUCCGAUGGGUAUCAUGGGCUCAUACGAAGACGAGAGCUGAAGUAAAUGGGGGUGGUAGAAAACCAUGGCCCCAGAAAGGUUUGGGUAAAGCUCGUCACGGUUCCAUUCGAUCUCCACUGUGGAGGGGUGGUGGUAGAGCCCAUGGUCCUCGAUCUGGCAAAACACACUUUUUUAUGCUACCUUUUCAUUUACGAAUACACGGCUUAACUUCAACACUAUCUGCAAAGCUUGCUCAGGAUGAUUUACACAUUGUUAAGGAUUUAGAGGUACCAACAGAGGAUCCGGAAUAUUUUGUUGAUCUAAUAGAGCAAAGGAAUUGGGGUCCUUCAGUGUUAAUAGUGGAUGACAAUGACUAUGCACCUAGAAAUAUUACUUUGGCCACAGACAGUCUGCAACAUGUCAACAUAAUACCGUUCUAUGGCCUCAAUGUAUAUUCAAUGUUGAAGCACGACACUCUUGUCAUGACACAAGCGGCAGCAGAGAGAGUUGAAGAAAAGAUUUUACAGCAUCUUCAUUCGAACACAAUGCAACAACAGGCCAAAUUUAAAUUGAACCAAGUUUAAAUUAGAAUAAAAUAAAAUAGAAAGUAAA